AUGUGCAGCACCCAGGCUGGCACCAGUGCCAGUCUGGAGGCUGAGCUGGCGCAUGUGCAGGCUGAGCUGGCGCAGCUGCGCCUGGCAGCUGCCUCCUCUGCCACCGCCGCUGCCGCCGCGGCAGACGCUGCCCCUGCAGCUUGCGAGCCGGCGGGUGCUGCAGGCCGCCAGCUGCUGCAGCAGGUGGUGCGGGAGGAGGUGUCUGAGGCUCUGGAGCUGUUUGCUGCCGACCGCACAGGCCUGCCCGACUAUGCCUUGGCGGCUGGAGGCGCCGAGGUGGUGGCGCACUCGCCCGCCCACCUGCCCUCCUCCGCCUCGCUCCUGGCCACCCUGCCCCGCCUGCACAGCGGUGUCGUGCACCCUCAGGCCAGCAAGCUGCUGCUGGCGCCCAUCUCGCAGCCCGGCCUCUGCCUGCCGCUGGUUGGGGCCGCCGGAUGGGUGGAUGUGCGCCUGACGCGACGCAUCCACCCGACCGCCUUCACAUACGAGCACAUCCCAGCCGCCAUCGCCUUUGACAUCCGCAGCGCGCCGCGCAACCUCGUCCUCACCGGCUUCCUGGGGCCUCCGCCGCCGCACCCCGGCCCCGCCGCCAACAGCAGCGCGGAAGGAGCCGAGGCGCUGGGCGUGCCACUGGGCAGCUUCAGCUAUGAUGCGCACAGCAGGCACCCGGUGCAGACCUUCCAGCUGGGCCCGGAGUGGCGGCAGGUGGAGGUGGAUCACGUGAGGCUGGCCUUCGCCGCCAACAAUGGCCACCCGGGUUACACCUGCCUGUACCGCUUCCGCAUGCACGGCACGCCUGCGUGA